AGGGAGAGGGAGAGAAUUCUAAGCAGGCUCCACGUGCAACACGAAGCUGGACCGGGGUUCAACGUCACAACCCUGAGAUCAUGCGAGCUGAAAUCAAGUCUGAGGCUUACUCGACUGAGCCACCCAGGCACCCCAGAAAUACAUUUUUUUUAAAUUCUAUUAAUUCAUACUAGUAUUUCCCAUUCACACCCAAGAUUACGGUUUUAAACUUAUUUUAUAUUUCUAUCUCUUCUCUCAAGGUGAAAAUGUUGGUUCCUAAUAUUACCAUACUACUUAUUUGCUGUAUCUCACUUCAUGCAAUUCCAGAAGGGCAAUAGCAAUAUUUCUACUAAGACCAGGACUACUGCAAACAAUUUGAGAUUUCUUUACAGCUCUUUUUGCCCUUACUAGUUAAGUACAAUCAAAUUGUUGCGUUUUAAAGUCACUUGAAUUCUUUUCUGUAAGGUUAAGCCACCAACCUGACAUGCAGUUAGGUUCUUUGGCUUCAUUUUGUUUCCAAUUUUUAGGGACUGAUUUAUUUUUGGCUCUGUAUUCACACAGUUCCAUAGCCAAAGGGACAAACACAUUUAGAGAAAUCUGAUUUCUCCAUGCAACUCACCUUCCUAACCCUGUUUGGGAACUAUUUUUAUGUUACUUUUUAACGUAGGAAAAGACACAUGUAUGUUUUUAUUGCCUCUGUCCCUUCUUAGCAAGAUACCAUACACAUUGUUCUACAACUUUUUUUUUUUCUUAACAAUAGGUUUUGAAGAUCACGCCAGGCAGAGCAUAGGAACAGUCGUCACGUCUUCACAGCUGCUCCGCUGGGCGGCUGUUCCUGGUGAACAAGGGGCUGUUUGCAGGCCUCUGCUAGCCUUCCCUUCUGUAGUGGAAAGUGCAUGGUUGGUUAAUAUGGAAAGGCCCAGAGAGGCAAAGCUGGUAAGGAAGAAGCCUGGUCGUGCGGGUGGGGUGGGAGAGGAGAAGUACAAUUUCUGUUAGAGAAGCUAUCGUGGGCUCAUACGGGCCCUUAGUUCUGCUCCUCAGGUCCAGCCUUCCGAGCGGGGAGAAGACCUGCACACCACGAGCGCUUGAUGACCGCGGAGGUGCGUGCUGCCACCGGCUAACCGGCACGGUUCCCACCUUUGCUGCGCUUUUUGCAAGGCUUGGUGGCUAUCCUGAUGGAUGGUCUUCCCAGCACAAAACCAAAGCACUUCCUGGACCUCCCUGUGGCACCAGGAGGCACGGGUCAAAGCCAGCGCGUGGCUAUAGCAGGGCCAGCCACCUUGCAAGUCAGGUGCAGGCAGCGUGCGGGCAGGCGCGGCGCUCCGCAAGGGCAGGGCUGCGCCCCACGCACUCCCGUGUCCUCGCGUGACCUGGUGGGAGGGGCCCUUCGUCACAGCCCCACGUCUGAGCGGCAAACUCACCCUCCGCGGCCAGGGAGGUCGCCUAAUGAGAGAGGAGGGCAGGGGCUACGGAAUAACGGCGACACUGGGCCUCGGUGGGGAGGAAGGGGACGUUCGGUUCAGCCCCAGCGCAGCCCGCACGUCGUGCCCGCUCUCCUAUCUCACAACAGCAGUGGGAAAUCUCCAUCUUAUGUGAGCACACCUACUUUUUUGCGUUGACAACCAAUCUGAACUUGAGCCUGCUUGGGCCAACCCCCCGGCGACGGCCCCGCGCCCUUCCGAGUCCCCUGAGCCCCGGGAGCCCCUGCGGGACCCUCUGCCCGGCCGCACUGCGCCUGCGCGGUGGGCGCGCCGGACCGAACCAUCGCGCGAGCAGGGGUGCGUGCGGCGCGCGAGCUUCCCCGCCCCGUGGAGCCGCCCGUUGCCAUGGAGCCGCCCGCCGCCAACGCCGCCAACGCGGUUGUCUGGGAGCCCCCGGAGGAGCCUCCGCGACGUCCCGUCCACUGCAGAGAGCCUUGCCUGAACAUCUGCGCUGAGCCAGGUGCUGCGCCAGGUACUGAGCAGGCCCGCUCUGGUCCGCCAGGCGCCGAGAGCUCCCUCACAGAUAAUUUCUGCUUCCCAAGAUGGAAGAAGAUGCUAGCCUAUUUCCUAAGAAGGAGCUUUUGGACAAUGUCCCACUUGUGGAAGAUGAAAGAGAUGAACUAGAGGAUCGAGAGUUUGAGGCUGAAUUUCUUCCUGGAGAAGCUGGGAACAGUGCUGACUCAGGAUGCCUCUGCCCAGAGAAACAGCACAACGCUGAUGCUGAUAUAAGUAAGAAGAAAACAGCCAUCCCAGAUGGACUCCAGGCACGCCACCUGCGAAAGACCUUGAGCCACCUAGAGAAGUUGCGUGAAGAGAAAGAGCUUUUCAUUCAGAAAACCAGAGGAGAGCUGCGUGCUUGCCGCCAGAGGAUGGAUCUCAUCACCAAACAGCAGGCGAGCGUGUCGGCUGAGGUGGCUGCGGAAAAAGAGGCCAACAACACUGCAGCCGUGGGCCGCCUCCAGGCGGUGUCCAGACGCCUCUGCACGGAGCUGAACAACGAGAGAGACCUGCAGUCGAAAAUCAGGGCGCUGCUGCAGAAGAGCGAGAGCAGCAUGUGGCACAUUGCAAUCCAGGAGCGACCGCUCAAGGACGGCCCCAAGUCUGCCCAGGAGGAGGAGGUGGCUGGCAGGAAGCGGCUCCAGGAGCAGGCGGCCAAGGAGGAGGCGGCCUUGGAGAAGGCUGAGCGGAACCGGCUGCUGAGGGCCAGGAAGUCCAUAUACCUCCAGAGGGAGCACGGGCUCAGGCACCAGAAGCUGGUGGAAGACGCCCAGAAGAAUCACAAGAUCGCAGUGAGGUUCCUGAAGGCCUCCCUGAGAAGAAUUCGAGAACAGGAGAGAAAGGAGGAGAGGAAGUCCCGGGCGCACAUGAAGAGGCGCAUGGACGCAGUGCUGGCUCUGAAGAACAGCAUCACCGCCAACAGGGAAACGCUCCGGAAAUUUCAAGCAUGGGGCCAGGCCAAGGCAGAGCUGGCUGAGCAGAAGGCCCAAGCCGAGAAGGAGAUGAUUCUGGCCCAAGGUGGGGACGCCUUCAAGCACCUUUUCCAUCAACGCCGGUGCCAGGAGCUGGACGCCCAGAAACGCACCUUCGAGGAGGAGCAGAAGCUCAGAAAGCAGGAGAUCGUAAGUCGCAUUUUGAAAGAGGCGGCUGAGGAAGAGAAUAGGAAGAAGAAACAGUCUUCCCCUGCCAAAGCCACAGACCGGCUGACUCUGAGGGAUAAGACGUGGAGAUGUGUCACAGACGUCUGUGAAGGGAGGGACACAGCAGUGCUUUCCCGUCACCUGCUGGACAGCGACGGGGCCGCACACCCCAAAGCCCCUCAGUUACUGGAAGCCAUUUCCAGUGAGUCUGUCCAGGGGGACCCCGGGAACACCAGCUGGGAAGAUGACACGCUGGCUGAGCCCGAGGUCCCCGGGCUCUGGAAGGAAGACUAUAAGCCGUACCAGGUGCCCAAAGAGGAGGUGGCCCGGAAGACUGUGGGUGGGACGAAGAUGGACAAGGACAUCCUCGCCCGCACCACGGAGCAGGUGCGCUGCAGAGUGACCCACAAGCGGGUGGUGUCCAGGUGCGAGUUCAAAGGUCGCCCCUUCAAUAGCAAGCCCAAGCUCAUCCACUUCAAGGAUUUUGAUAUUGGCAAAGUGUAUAAGAAAAAGAUCACAUUGAUAAACGCCACCUACACCAUUAACUAUUGCAAGCUGGUGGGCGUGGAGGAUCAUCUCCAGGACUUCAUCCACAUCGAAUUUGAUCCCCCUGGUCCCAUGUCAGCCGGGAUGUCCUGCGAAGUACUUGUCACCUUCAAGCCCAUGAUAAACAAAGAUCUGGAAGGAAACAUCUCAUUUAUGGCUCAGACGGGUGGAUUUUCUGUUCCGCUGAAGUGCUCCCCGAAGAAAUGUGCACUGUCCCUUGACAAGGAGCUCAUCGACUUUGGCAGCUAUGUGGUGGGGGAGACCACGUCCCGGACCAUCACGCUGACCAACAUCGGGGGCUUGGGCACCAAGUUCAAGUUUCUUCCAGCCUCAGAGUCCUAUGAGAUGGACAUCUCCCAGUCGGUCAUGAAAAUAAGCAGUGUGUUCACAGAUGAAGAUAAAAGCCUGUACGAUAGAAUCAUCACCAGCAUUUCUGAGCAACAGAUCAAGGGCAACGAGUCCUCUCCCACAGACAUGCCAAGCCAGAAGGAGUCUGGGAAGCGGGACAGCAAGGAACAGGAAGAGGGGCGCCCCACAGAAUCAGAGGGAGUGACCGUGACCACUGUCGUGACCAUACCUCCCAACGAGGAACAGACAGAGAUCUCGCUGGGAGAGGUGACAGAGGGUGAGAUUGGCCCCUUCAGCUCCAUCAAAGUGCCGGUCAUCUUCACGCCGAUCAUCCCAGGAGAGGUCCAAACCAAGUUCAAGGUUGUGUUCAAGAAUCAGCAGUGCCCGACAUUGUAUUUCAGAGUCGUGGGUGUUGCUAUCGAUGUGCCAGUCUGGGUGCCAAAGCCCAACGUAGAUCUGAAGAUGUGUAUGUACGACCGGCUGUACCAGGACUCCGUCCUUGUGCACACACGGUCGAAAGUGGCCCUGCGUCUGAAGUUCGAAGUAUGCAAGGAGCUGAGGGAGCACAUGGAGCUCCUGCCGGAGACAGGCUACAUCCAGGCCCAGUCCUCCUACGCCGUGCAGCUCAAGUUCCUGCCACGACACUCCCUCCCAGAAGAUGCAGGGAAGUAUUUCGACAAGGAAAGCAGAGUCCUAGAGGCCCCAAUGACAAUCCGGGUGGCUGACCAGAUCAAGCCGGUGGGGUUUACCGUGCAUGCUGUGGUCACCACCUCGGACCUGGAGCUCAGCCCCUCAGCCGUGGACUUCGGCUACUGCACCAUCUACGAGGCCAUCAGGACACAAGUCAGCCUCUACAACCACUCCCUCCUGCCCCAGGGGUUUGGGUUCGUCGGGCUCCCCAAGUUUGUGGACAUUCAGCCCAAUGACGGGUUUGGGACAAUCCUGCCGCUAGAAAUGCUGCAUCUUGACGUGAUCUUCCAACCCACCAAGGCUAAGGAGUACAACUUCGAGCUCGUCUGCAAGUCCGAGAUCAACCGGUGCUUCCAGCUGGCGUGCCGGGCUGUGGGCGUCCACCCGCCCCUGGAGCUGUCCCACUACCAGGUCAAGUUUGCAGCCACCUCCCUGUAUGACAUGUCCGUGGCCACCCUGUACGUCAUCAACUCUCACGUGAGCAUGAACUCACUGACCCACUCCGUGCCCCGCAUCGGCUCAGAGGACGCCUCUCCCGUGGGGCCCACAUCGUUUGAGUUCCUGCCGCCCCCGGACUCACCCAUUACCAUCUCGCCCUCGGUGGGGACCGUGCUGCCAGGAAAGAGGUGCCUGAUCCAGGUGGUGUUCCGGCCCGUGCUGCCCAGCAAGCUGAUCCACCAGGAAGCCUCCCAGGCCCUGACCAAACCAGUGGAGCUCCGCAAGGACACAGCCACCCAGAGGAAGGACCUAAGGAGACAGUCCUCCACACCGCGGCUGCAGAACCAAGACCGACUGCACCGGACCUCGACCACCCCAAUUGCAGAGCUGUGUGAGCAGGACUUCAAGUUCAGUUCCGACGAGUACCAGGCUGCCCAGGCCACCCUGGCCAGAUCUUUCCAGGGGAAGUUUGACAAGUUUGUGGUUCCCUGUGUCGUUGCCAGUGGUGACACCAAAGACAGGAAGGGGACAGAACCCCUGAGCUUCAGUCCUCACAAUACCCUGUACCUGGAGCUGUGGUGUCCGGCAGUGGCACCAUCUAUCGUGGUGACCUCCAACAGAGGCAAAACCAUCUCCAACUUCGGUGACAUCGCUGUAGGACACCACGGCAUAAAAAAAGUCUCCAUCCAGAACAUCUCCGCAGAGGAUCUGGCUGUGGAGUUCUCCAUGCUAAACCCCAAUGGCCCCUUCGUCCUGCUGAACGCCAUCAGCAAGCUGCUUGCUGGCGAGACCCACGUCCUGACACUGUCCUUCUCUCCCCAUGAGAGCAUCCUGGCCCAAGAGACACUGGACAUCAUCACCAAGAGAGGCACACUCUCCCUGACCCUCCUGGGCACCGGCGUGGCAUCCAUGAUCACGUGCUCCAUUGAAGGGAACACUCUCGACAUGGGUUAUGUGAUUGCCAGAGAGUCUGUGUCCUCAAGCUUCAAGCUGCAGAACUGCUCCACGCUGCCCAUCAAGUUCUCCCUGCGGCUGGACAGCCUCUCCCGCUCCAAGAGCGAAGACCAGCAGCGGCUGCCGCAGUUCCUGGCCUCUCGGGCCCAGAGGACUGAAGUAGUGGGCACUCAGAACAACAGUGGCCAGAGCGUGUUCAGCGUGAUCCCGGUCAAGGGCAUCAUGGACCCGGGCAAGGCGCAGGACUUCACCGUGACCUUUAGCCCAGACCACGAGAGCCUGUACUUUUCCGACAGGCUGCAGAUCGUGCUCUUCGAGAAGAAACUCUCCCACCAGAUCCUUCUGAAGGGCGCGGCCCGUGAGCACAUGAUGUUCGUGGAGGGCGGAGACCCCCUGGACGUGCCUGUGGAGUCCCUGACUGUGAUCCCCACCUACGACCCUGAGCGCAGAGAGGAAGCAGAGGAGCUAAAGCCCAUCCUGGUGACCCUGGAUUACAUCCAGUUAGACACAGACACGCCAGCCCCACCUGCCACCCGAGAGCUGCAGGUGGGCUGCAUCCGGACCACCCAGCUGUCCCCAAAGAAGACUGUCGAGUUCAGCCUGGACAGCAGCACGGCUCUGCAGCACAAGGGCUUCACCAUCGAGCCCUCCAGGGGCUCCGUGGAGCGUGGCCAGACCAAGACCAUCAGCAUCUCCUGGAUGCCACCUGCCGAUUUUGAUCCAGAUCAUCCACUCAUGGUGUCAGCCCUGCUGCAGCUCAAGGGGGACGUGAAGGAGACUUACAAGGUCCUCUUUGUGGCCCAGGUGGUGACCGGCCCCUGAGGCCACAGGAGUCUCUCCACAGAACCCCCUCAAACCCUCCUGUUCACCCUUGAAGCCCUCCCCUGGUCUGUAAACCAGGCCAAACCACCCACAGGCCUGGGACCUGGGCAUCCCCUGCUGGGCAGGUUCAAAUGUGCAGACCUCUGUGUUGCCCCAGGGCCAGGGCACCCCAGCCCCACAGGCAUGGCCACUUCCUGCUGCCCCGGACCCAGUGAGUCCAGAGGCCCGAGAGCACCCCCUCCCUGGCCCCACUCAGAACCAGCAAUAAGGCUAGUCCUACCCACAACCUACUCUUACUCUGAGCGCCUCAGAACCCCCAGCCCCACCAGUACCCACCUGCCCAGACUUUAUAAGUCCUAGUGGGGGGAAGAGCUGCCCCCACAGGUCUGUCAAUAAACCUCUGGGCUUCUUCAUACAGGCCUUUAGUGUGGGAUGUGCCCCAAAUCAGAGAUGGACACAGAGCCCUGGGGGGAGGCAGCACCCUGCCUUCUAACCCCCCACACCCACACACAAAAGUCAGUCCAUAAACAAUGAACUCUGCCUCUCUGGAGGGUGGGUGCCUAGAUCAUUGGGGUAACCGCUAGCAAGGCAGGGUGCUGGGAAUACAGGCUGAAGUUGAGACAGGCCCAGACCCAGUGAGGCCCUGCAAAGAUGAAGAAGGGUACAGGAGGCUCCAAAGCCAGGGGGACCCUUUAGGAUUCUCUGCCCCUCCAAAGUUUCAGGAUCCCUGAUGACCCCAAGGAAGGAGGGAACAAAUGUGGGGGACUCAUGCUUAGGGCCUCCCUCAGUGUCUAGCUGGGGGUCCAGGGUGAGGCCCAGAGCAUAAGUUUUGUUUUCCAUUUUUCUGGACAGAGUCCAGGCUCAGCCUUCUGGGCUCCAACGGCUCUACCUUCGAGGUAGAAGCCCCCACAGGCCAUACAACACUCCUUGGAGCUCAAAAUGUGCCCUUGCCCCAGCCCCUGCCUUCUGGAGAGUGCUGGCUGGACAUUGUCCCCACAGAGCCCAUCCAGUCUGGCCCCUCUGUACACAGCAUACCCAACCCCCCAACCCUAGUCCCAUGCCUGCCAACAGGAGAGCACAUGCAACUUUCCCUAGCAAGAAUGGAGGGUGUGAUGCAUCUGGAGACUUUCCUGGGCACAGGCUUCAGGACACCAGCCUGGAACCACCUAUCCUAACCCCAGUUCCUUGGUGCCCUUCAUGGCUGGAAGCCUGUCAUCUCCCUAACCUGAGGCCAGUGACGGUGACUCUACAGUGGAGUUUUGCAGGACUUCUGUCUGUGCCCUCCUGGAGCUGACCAGCCAUAGCCCAAGCCACUUUCUCACCAGAUGAGAGGAGAAGGCAGGCUCCAGCAGCCCAGGCCAAACCCAGGCCCCAGGAGGAGGUGCUCCCUGAAGGGCGUGGUCCCUGCCUCCUCUUCUGGCUGGUGGGCAAGAGGGGCAGGCCACUCUUCUAAACCCUGGCCUCAAUCUCCUGCUAACAGGCCCUGGUGCUCACUGGCCAAGGCCCUGCCUGAACUCCUGUGCACUGGCUGGACUUCUGUCCAUCCCCCUCCCUCCCAUCCAGUGAAGGGCAGGAGGGAGGAGGAGGAAGGAUGGCCAGCAGCCAAGCUCAGCCAGCCUGGCUGGAGCAAGGUGGGCAGGAGGGGCCCUGGGGUGCCAUGGCACAGCCUGGAGGUGCAGAACAGCUUCAGGGCAAAGCCCGGGACAAGAUCAAGUGAGAUCAAAAAGCAGGUGCCUGGCCCAUCCAGGCAGGAGAGCCAAGCCCAGGAGGUCCUUCCAGUGGGGGGGACUCAUGGAGAGUAUAUCCUGAAUGCAAUUAAGAAAGACAGGUCAGGGCACCUAGGGUGGGUCAGUUGGUUAAGUGACCGACUCUCUGAUUUCAGCUCAGGUCAUGAUUCCAGGGUCCUGGGAUCAAGUCCCAAGCUGGGCUCCCUGCUCAUCUGGGAGUCUGUUUCUCCCUCUC